AUGUUGAUAGGUGCACCGUCGCUGGCCCUUCAUCUGAAAUCACUUGAAGGCAAUCCUGGAAUCUUACCCGUUAAAAAAGGAAGUGCGUAUUUACAAAAAGACCAUUGGACAAUAUUAAAAGUUCUAAAUUUAGACCAAUUAUAUACCGAUCUUAUUAAUAUCGAUACAAACUACCAAGUAUUAGAAAACUUGUUAAAUUAUAAUCGUUCCAUACCUCUAGAAUUUCUUUCUCUUGAGAAACAUGUUCAAUAUCAUCGUUUUAUUACAUUUGAAAAGUACAGCCAACUUGUUCCUCAGCGUCUGAAAAGAGGCCUAGUUGAUCCCUUAGGUUCUUUAAUAAAAAUUAUUACCGGCAACCUUGAUCACGAAGACGCUCUCAAGUACGAUAAGCUUACCACAGAAUUAAAUAAAAACCAAAUUGUUAUCUCUAACAGGCUCACUUUAAUCACUAAAAUAAUAGAUGGUUUAAUUAAUAAUACAGACCUAGUUAAUACUAAUAUUAGACAGUUAGAAGAGAGACUUAAAAUCUUUGAAACAGAAUUGAGAACUCAAAAGAAUUGGAUAUUUGGCACAUAUUUAAUGGGAUUACUUAAUUUGUUUAUCAAUAAUUAUCGUACAAUAUUCAUUAAGUUAAGUGAAAUUGAAACAGCCUUAGCUCUAAGCAAAUUGUCAGUUUUACAUCAAAGUAUUGUAAACUCUACUGAAUUAUUAGGUCAUCUACAAGCUAUAUCUUUGUAUGGUAAUUUACUGUAUACACCUACUGAAAUGAAUUUAGUAAAAAUUGAAGAAACCAUUAUUGUAAAAUCGUAUAUUAAGAAAAACCAGAUAACGUUCAUAUUGGAAAUUCCUCUUAUUCAUAAUGUAACUUAUAAUUAUUAUAAAAUCUAUUCCUUACCCAUCUAUAAUGAAAAGAUAAACCUCACUAUUACCAUAUUUCCUAAUUACCCCUUCCUCAUGGCAAAAGGUACGAAAACUAUUCCGAUUGUAAAACCUUGUCGCACCCUAGCCGCUGGAGAAGAGUUUCUUUGCACAGACAAUGAUAGAGCUCUAUAUGCAGAAUCUACAUGUUUGGAACAAUUAAUAACAUUCAAAAAUAUCUCUAACUGUCAGCAACGAUCUAUUUUAAUUGAGAACCCAAAGGUACAACAAGUAGAUGACGAAAAUUGGAUCCUGUACAGUCGUACAGAAACCACCGUGUUACAAAAUUGCAAAGACGAUAUUACUAGAUUCUCUGUUUUUGGAACAUAUAUGAUGACCCUAAAUGAACCCUGCGAGAUCGUAGUGGACAAUAUUAAAAUUUACCAUCACUCCGCCUACUCCAUGAAUGCCGAGAUUGAGCCAAUGCCCAUAGUGAGCCUGCCACAACUACAUAGCGACAUCAAUACAUUAUCCGGUGCGCAUGCACUCGAUAUAAAGGACGUCAACCUCGACGAGAUCAAGUACAUGUCACACGCGUUGAAAAACAGUGAAUUAGUGCAUAGUGUUACAAGUGUUACCAAUGUGUACAGCUCUAGCUGGUUUAUACUUACGUGUGUUUUAAUGUUCAUCUUUAUAAUUUCUGCAUUUAUAAUUUUAAGAAAAUAUUUGUUAAAAUUUGUAUGUUUGCAAAAUUAUCGGAAAAGCCGUAAAAACGACAAAUCCGAUAAUUUCGCUCUUGAGGGGGGAAAAGUUAUGUUGGACGCUCGCCCCUCAGCCUUAGAUUAGGGCUCUGUACCUAAAGGUGCAGCGUCAUAGUUUUAGGAAUUAGAUUAUAAGUUUUACUAACAUUAGUUUUAAGAAAUUAGAUUAUAACUUCCUUUAUAACUUCCUAAACGAUUAGAAGUAAGCAAACCUUUAAUAUUGUUCGUGCCUUCACAUCGGCAGGACGUAUUCGCUAGUUUAGAUAAUAUUGUUCUCGCCUUCGAAUCGGCAGGACGUAUUCGCUAGUUAAGUCCUAAUUAAAUGUAUUUCUUUAAU